CAGGAAACGUUUCUUUGUAAGCAGUUUCCAUUAAAACAUUUGUAACGGUAAAACCAAUCACAGCAUUCGUCGAUUUUCCCACCAAUCUACCAUCCUUCUGUAAACUUCACUUCCAUUUUCCAUACACCUCUUUCUCUCUCCUCAAUCAUCACAAAUCCACCACCAUGGAUCACCAACCUACCACCCCUACCCCCACCGCCGACGAAUCCAAACCCGUUAACCCGACUCCGAACCCAGAUCAAACCUCCAAACCAUCACCCGAACUCCACUCAGCGGAGUACGCACCAUACCCAAAGCUAGACCCAAACGACGUCGUUCCACCGCCGGACCCCCUUCUCGCUCCUCCUCCACCUCCCAGCGCCACCAACAUGCCUUCUGAGUCCAACCCUUACGUGUCAGCCGCUCCUGCUCCCAAAAAAACGAUUGAUUCGAUGAAGGAUGUGCUGGAGAAAUGGGGAAAGAAGGCUUCUGAAGCUUCUAGUAAGGCGCAGGAUCUUGCUGGCAAUAUGUGGCAACAUUUGAAAACAAGCCCCAAUGUUGCUGAUGCUGCAGUUGCAAGAAUCGCUCAGCAAACAAAAGUUAUCGCUGAAGGUGGUUAUGAGAAAGUAUUCAAGCAAACCUUUGAGGUUCUUCCAGAAGAGCAACUUAAGAAGUGGUUUGCUUGCUACCUCUCAACAUCAGCAGGUCCAGUCAUGGGAACUUUAUACCUGUCAACAGCAAAGCUUGCAUUCUGUAGUGACAGUCCUCUUUCAUACACAAACGGUGACAAGACUGAAUGGAGCUAUUACAAGGUGGUUAUUCAGUUGGAUCAGUUGAAAGCAGUUAAUCCCUCAACUAGCAAAGUAAACUCGGCUGAGAAAUACAUCCAGAUAAUUUCAGUUGACAACCACGAGUUUUGGUUCAUGGGGUUUGUAUACUAUGAUAAUGCCGUGAAGUAUCUACAAGGUGUAUUACAGGGACAAAGCUCAUAGUUGAUGUUGAAACAGAUGAAUGUUCACAGAAAACCAUUGUUGUUGUAGAUAAACGCUUUUGCCAAAUUAUAUUCUGAAGACCAAAAAAAUAUCUAUUUUGUACAAUAUUGUGGUGAUGUUAUUUCCCUAUUUAUUGGUUCUUAGAACCUCGAAUGCCCUGUUUUUAUUUUUUCAAGAUGGGUGUAGUGAUUGUUUAUAGUACUCAAUGUGUGUAGAAAUACUCUUGGUGAUUCAUGUAAUAAAUAUCAUUUGUGUUAGUAAAAUACUAAAGUGUGUGCUUCCCUUUA